GGGAGCCGAGAAGCGCCGCGGGCACAGAGCCUCCUGCAGCAGGAGCAGCCGCGUCUCCCGGAGCGACCGCGCCGCCGCGCAGAGGAGCGCGCAAAAGGGAACUCAAGGCAGCUAGCAAGAUUCGCCUUUUCUCCACUUUAUUCUCACCACGACAACCCUGUGAGGUCCCGCAUCGCCGGAAGACGUCGGGAUGAAGCCGGGAGUGGCGUGUGUCCUGCUGGUGCUGCUGGGAGCCGCAGGCUGGUGCGAGGGGCUGCGCAUGCGCGUCAGACGAGGGGCCCGAUCGAGGCAAGCCCUCUGCAGAGAACUGAGCACCCAGCAAGUCUACCAGCAGUCCGAGAGCUGGCUGCGCCAGGCGGAGCAGCACGUCGAAUACUGUCGAUGCGAGAGCAGUGGCGCCUUCUGCCACCGGGUGCCAGUCCAAAGCUGUAGGAGGCCGUGGUGUUUCCACGGGGCCACCUGCUGGGAAGCCCUGUAUUCGCCCAGGCUCUUCCUCUGCUUAUGCCCGCCAGGCUUCUCUGGGAAGCACUGCGAGUUUGAAACCAGAGCUCUGUGCUACAAGGACGCUGGGGAAACCUACCGGGGCCAGUGGAGUGUGACCGAAAGCGGAGCUGCCUGCCUGAACUGGAACCUGAAUGCCUUGGCCAGGGAGACCUACAGCGCCCGGCGGCCAGAUGCCCUGCGGCUCGGGCUCGGCCACCACAACUACUGCCGGAACCCGGACGCGCACUCCAAGCCCUGGUGCUACAUUUCCAAAGCCGGGCGGCUCAGCUGGGAGAACUGCAGCAUCCGGCCCUGCUCUGACAAGAAGCACACGUGUGUUUCCGGAAGGGGAGUUGACUACCGUGGCAGCCGCAGCCACACACAAUCUGGUGCCACCUGCCUGAACUGGGACUCCGAGUACCUCACCCAGAAGAUGUACGGGGCCAGGAUGCCAGACGCCAACACCUGGGGCUUGAGCAGCCACAACUACUGCCGGAAUCCCGACAAUGACACCCAGCCUUGGUGCUACGUGCGCAAGGGAGGCCAGACCACCUGGGAACACUGCGACGUGCCCGUCUGCUCCACGUGUGGAUUGAGGAAGCACAAUCCAGUGCAGGAGCUGGUCAAAUUGGGCAGGUUUUCGCAUAUCCAGGCCCACCCCUGGCAGGCGGCUCUUUUUAACAAGCACCGAGGAACGGACUCCUUCUUCUGCGGCGGGAUUCUGAUCAGCCCGUGUUGGGUCCUCUCGGCUGCGCACUGCUUCUCAGACGGGAAACAAUCCACCAGCAUCAAGGUCGUGCUGGGCAGGACUUCCCGGGUCGAGCAGGAAGAGAUGGAACAGGUGUUCGAGGUGGAGAAAUUCCUCCUGCACCGGCUUUAUGAGCAGAAGACAUACGACAACGACAUUGCUCUGCUGAAGCUGAAGCCCGUCUCCGGCAGGUGUGCGGUGGAAACGGACUUCGUGCGCACCGUCUGCCUGCCGACGCCUGGCUUGAGGCUGCCCGACUGGACGGAAUGUGAGGUCUCGGGCUACGGCAAGCACGACACAUCUUCUCCUUUCUUCUCCAAGAGCCUGAAGGAAAUCCACGUCAGGCUGUACCCGGCCAGCUUGUGCACGCCCGAGCAUCUCGACGACAGGACCGUCACACAGAACAUGCUGUGUGCGGGAGACACCAGGGAGCUGGAUGACGCCUGCCAGGGCGAUUCUGGGGGGCCUCUGGUUUGCCCGAACAACGACCGAAUGACCCUGAUCGGGAUCGUCAGCUGGGGCGUGCGCUGUGGGAUAAAAGGCACCCCGGGCGUCUACACCAACGUGGCCCGCUACCUGGGCUGGAUUCGAAGUAACAUGGCCUCCUGAGCCGCCCGCACUUCCCCGGUGUGCCGGACCUCCUUGCAUCAGGGAGAGCAGCGCACUCGGCGUGCUUCUCGUGGCACCGGCACGGGGCCGUUAGCGAGGGACACGGCCGUGUGUGCCGCCCCUGCCCUCUCCCAAGGCCGUCCCGCCGGUGUUUAUUUAUUCUUAUUUUUGAGCCACAGCUGCUGUUUCAGAAGUCACCCACCCCAGGAAAUUCAAAGGAUGGGGAGGAAAAGUACUCGGGACCCUGGUAGGCCCAUUCCCAGAAGUACCCAAAGCGUGGAGAUCUGUUUUUCCCUGCGCAGUAGCGUGCGCAAAAGGACAUGGAGGCAGCGCUCCAGGCCCACAGGAGGUCUGAAUGGCAGAAACCUGGAGCCACACCUGUCCAUUGUUUUAUGGAGUUCUUUUCAGGAUUGUGAGGAGGAGCUGGAGAACGUAAAUGGGGCUUGUUUGGUUUUUAACACCCCCAUGACUUCAGUCGCCUGUGCAAAGGGAUAAUUGCAGUGGGUGUUUUUUUAGGGGUGUUUACUGACUCUUUGCUGGUCUUGGGGUCCCCAUCACACCCUGACACUCAUGCUUUGUACAAAGCAAAGGUAGCAAGCAGGGAAUUCUGGGGUCCUCCUAGCUAUAAAAAGAAGAGAGGACUUGGAAACAUAGAAACAGCGAGUCAGAAGGGAUUUGCCGGGUCAUCUAGUUUGACCCCCGGCUCCAGCUGGCUGAAGCCAGCUGAAAAAUGGACCCUUCUGCUGAAGAGGGGACCUUAAUUAACAUCCUGGCCCAAAAUCACAAUUCAGCUAUGUUGGCAUUUCAGCUUGUCUCAGACCAGGCAUUAUCUGCCACUUCCAGGAUCUGCCACUUUUAUCUGAUGCAAAAGUUAGAUUAUUUUUAUACUUUGUAGUUAUUCAACAUUUUCUGUAUGAACAAAAGUUAUUAUUUUUGGUGUACUUUUGGAUGGCAGAUGCAUCUUCUGCUGCUGCUUGGAAAGAAUGAUGGUGUGUGUCUAUGUAGAACAUUAAACUAUACUAGUUUACA